AUGGCCUUUCAUUUCCAGGUUCCUGACUUGCACAGCGAGAGAAGUCAGUGGAAUUUCAAUGUUUUAUUAGACGGAGAAAACUUUCACAUUAAUAAUACCGAAAAGGUUGUGGUACACAAACAUCAUUACGGAAGCUUCAUUCAUCUGGAUAAACCAAUGUACAAACCAGGACAGACAGUGAGUUUUCGGGUGGUGUCCCUGGAUAAUAAUUUCCGUGCCGUCAAUGAUCAGAUUCCAUUGGUGGAGGUUCUGGAUCCAAAUGAGAACCGUAUUGCCCAGUGGAAAGAUGUUUCCCCCAUUCAAGGAAUUGCCGACUUUAGUUUUCCGUUGGGAGACGAGAUACCAUUGGGGCAUUAUAAGAUUCUUGCCAAUAAAGGACACGCUAAAUCAUUUUCUGUCUCUGAAUAUGUCCUGAAAAAGUUUGACCUCAAAUUUAAUAUGCCGAAGAAAGUGACUCCAAAUGAUGAAUCCUUUGUCUUGGAAGUUUGUGGCAGUUAUACCUUUGCGAAGCCAGUUCAUGGAUCUCUUGAUAUUUAUGUCUGCGAGUUUCCAACUAACCCACUGGAACAAGAUGGAGCGGACACUUCAGUCUGCCAGCAUAUCCAUGGAGCACAGACUGACAACAAAGGAUGUUUCACCACGAAGGCUGACCUUGGCUUCUUCAAUUUAACAGUCGCCACAUAUAUCAGACGGUUAACGGUUGCAGCCGCACUAAAAGAGCAGAUCACAGGUCUGGUGGAAAAAGGAGAAGCACAGCUGGACAUUGGAACCUUUGAGCUAGUAUCGUUUGUUGACUUUGAGACUUUUUAUUUUAGAGGACUUCCUUUCACUGGCAUGGUGAAAGUUAUAAAUGAACUCCUGGAGCCGAGCCCGAAGAAAACUGUAUAUGUCAUUGUGACUAAUGAUCAUGUAAAAACUAACAUAUCUUUGGUGACCGAUGAGAAGGGAAUUGCUUCUUUUACACUUGAUACAUCUGAAUGGAAAGACAUGGUGGCUAUUUCGGGAGCCUUUUCAUUAGAGGAGACAAGUGAAUCUGGGUAUGAUUUAUUGGGAGUCCAUGCAUUUUCAUACAGAUGGCUCAAGCCUUUCUAUUCAGACAGCAACAGCUAUUUGAAGGUGGAAACCCUCGGAGAGAAGUGGCCAUGUGACAAGGAGCAGCCAGUAAAAGUUGAAUAUCACAUCAAUAAGAACGAGCUGGAUCCCGACUCAAACCACCUUUCCUUCUUCUACAUUCUUCGUGGCAGAGAAGGAAUAUAUUCUUUUGGAGAGCACAAGGAGGAGAUUAAAAGCCAAGAGAGUGGUCCUACUCUACACGGUUCCUUCUCUCUAAAAUUUGCUGCGAGCAAUGAUCUGUACCCCACGGCCCAGGUUUUGGUUUUCACUGUAUUACGGAGCGGGGGUAUGGCUGGAGAUAAAUCAUCGUACACUAUCCCACCGUGCUUCAAAAGUAAGGUUCAACUUGAAUUCUCUGAAAAAGUGGUAGAGCCAAGAGGGAAGGUGAACCUGGAAAUAAAGGGAGAACCCGGCUCGUUUUGUUCUGUCCGUUCUGUGGAUAAAGGGCUUUUGAUUCACAGGGCUCAUGACCCCAACGUACAUGUUGAUGAAAGGGAUGAUUUUUUUAAGUAUUUCAUUUCUCAAGUAUUCUCCGACGUACAUUUUCAAGAAACUCCAGAUUGCCCGGAAGCAACCGAUAAUCCUCAUCUAAGCUCACGUUUAACAUUUAUACCAGAAGCCGAUGUCUACAGCUUGUUUAAGACAACCGAAUUGAAGGUUUUUAGCAAUGCCAAGAUCAGGAAGCCACUGAUAUGCAGCACUCCUGCAUUCACCGCACGGUCUUCCGCUGGAGGACUUCCAGUGAUAAAGGAUUCCGCAAAGAAACAAGAAGCAAAGAAGCCUGCAGUGCGAUCGUGGUUCCCUGAAACGUGGCUUUAUGACCUCGUUUCUAUAGGACCAGACAGUAAGGCCACGCUUAAACUGACCACACCGGACAGUAUUACUAAUUGGGCUACCGACGCAUUCUGCUUCGGCGAGUCGGGAUACGGCGAGGCCGAGGAGGUUGACCUUACCGUUUUGAAAUCCUACUUCAUUGACCUGACCCUACCCCACUCUGCGGUGCAGGGAGAAACAUUCCCAGUGACCGCUGUCGCCCAUAACUAUCUGGACAGCUGCAUUGUGGUGGCGGCGUCACUGUCUGAAUCAUCUGAUUUCAAAGCUAAAGAGGUAUCUAAGGAUCACUCCAGGUGUAUCUGUGCCGACCAGUCUGCCGCCUUUACCUGGAACAUCACUGCUUCGAAAAUCGGUGAUCUCAAACUCAAGAUAAUCAGUGGAGCCGUGAAGCAGGAUGGUGAUUGCACAGGUCAUCACGAGCAACUGGGACAUAAGAAUUUACAAGAUUACCUAGAAAAAACCAUCAAAAUAAAAUCAAGUGGAGUCGAGGAGGAUCACACAGAGACUUAUCGCAUGUGCCCAAAAGGUGAAAGCGUACGACAAGAGGUGUCCCUUAAGAUUCCAGAAAAUAUGGUGAAGGGUUCUGAACGCGCGUAUAUCACCGUCAUCGGUGACUUAAUAAAUAUCGAAGAUAUUGACUUUGAAAGCAUUAUACGCUUACCAACUGGAUGCGGAGAGCAGAAUGUGGCCAUUUUUGCAUCAAAUCUUUUUGCCAUGGAGCUGAUAAAAAACACGAGGCACCAAACACCCGAGGAUGAAAAAACAUUACUGCACAGUCUGACCACAGGUUACCAAAACAUUCUGAAUUUCAAAAACGAAAACGGUUCUUACGGCAUAUUCAAGUAUCAAGAUGGAGACGUUUGGCUCACGGCCUUUGUAAUAAGAUGCUUUGGCAACGCAAAAAAGUACAUGUUCAUAGACGACAACAACGUUCAAGACUCUUUGAAAUGGCUGAGCAGCCUCCAGAAGCCCGAUGGCUGCUUUAAGACAUCUACAAAUAACUUUAACAACCGAUUAGAGGAUGAGGAAAACCGCGAAUUAGCAAUCACCGCCUAUGUUGCAAUCUCUCUUCUGGAAUACGGUGUGGAGCACAACACCAUGUUGGAUAACGCCUUGAGCUGUUUGAGGAAUCACGCAGAUAAAACAAAUCACACUUACACUGAAGCUCUCCUUGCCUAUGCUGUUUCCCUGUCGGGAGACAACAAUUUAAAACAACAUAUACUAGAGGAACUGGAAACAAAGGCUAUAAAGGAAGGUGUAUCAAAGCAUUGGGAACUGCCACACACAUUUAGUGGAAAUAUAGAGAUGUCCUCAUAUAUACUCCUCGCUAUACUCACUGGUCAACCAAAUGUUAAAGACCUCGAUGAAGCUUCCAAAAUCGCAAACUGGAUAAUAAAACAACAAAACGCACGCGGAUCUUUCUAUUCCACUCAGGACACAGUUACAGCUUUCCACGCUCUGUCUAAAUUUACAGCGGGAGUGCACGUCGAGAUAGACAAGGUGUCCGUGACGGUCCGCUCACUCUCAGGGUUUCAAAAACAAUUUGACGUGGACAAAAGUCGCAGAGAUCUCCAGCAGAAAGUAUCGCUACCAGAUAUCCCAGGGGAGUACACGGUGACAGCCGUGGGAACCGGAUGUGUCUAUGUCCAGUCUCAUCUGACAUAUCACGCUCCACCUGCCAAGGAUCAGAAGUUUUUUGUCCUGAGUGUUAAAACACGGCCCUCGGUCUGCACUUAUCAGGAACAUGAAAGCUUUGAUGUUCAAGUGGAAGUCAGUUACAACGGGAACCGAGUCUCCUCCAACAUGGUGAUUGUUGAGGUUGAACUUCUAACAGGAUUUGUCCCCGAUAAAAAGAGCGUUGCUUUGCUAAUCCAACAUCAACACGUGAAAAAAACAGAAAUCACAGAAGAGAAGGUCAUCAUUUAUUUGGACGAGCUUACACACGAAACACAAAGUUUAGCUUUUAGGAUCAAAGAAGAAACACACGUGGAUAACCUGCAUCCCGCCGCAGUUCUAGUGUAUGACUAUUAUGAGCCAGAAGAGAGCACGGCGGCCGAAUACAACUCUCCCUGCAGUUCAGAUCCGGGUCACUGUAAUGCAGAGGUGUCGGCAAGGAAGGAUUGUGGACAUCCGGGGAUCACCCGUGAAGAAUGUCUUCAAAAGAAUUGCUGCUACGAUACGAGCCAUCCCGACGCUAAGUGGUGCUUCUACCGGACGGGUCACGCAGGAACAAGAUAAACCAUUGAAGAUCGCACCAGGGAUGGAUUAUAAGUGAAGCUGCCGUCGGUGCUAAACGUAAAACUCACAAGCCGCAGAAGAAGUGAUAACCUUUUGGACAGAUACAAACAUUUACUACAUAACAUAUUGUAGCUGUUCAAUGGAGAACCCCAACAAAACCAACAAAACCAAUAAAACAUGAAAUACCA